AUGAGCUCAGACCAGAACGUGCGAGAAGAAACUCCGCCGCCCGCCUGCGCACCCACCCCCGCUCCAGAGACCUCAUCACCCCCUUCCAUCCCUCAGACCUCCUCACUCCCUCAGACUCAGACCUCCUCACUCCCUCAGACCCACAGACUCAGACCUCCUCACUCCCUCAGACCCACAGACUCAGACCUCCUCACUCCCUCAGACUCAGACCUCCUCACUCCCUCAGACCCACAGACUCAGACCUCCUCACUCCCUCACACUCAGACCUCCUCACUCCCUCAGACCCUCAGACUCAGACCUCCUCACUCCCUCAGACUCAGACCUCCUCACUCCCUCAGACCCACAGACUCAGACCUCCUCACUCCCUCAGACUCAGACCUCCUCACUCCCUCAGACCCACAGACUCAGACCUCCUCACUCCCUCAGACUCAGACCUCCUCACUCCCUCAGACCCACAGACUCAGACCUCCUCACUCCCUCAGACCCACAGACUCAGACCUCCUCACUCCCUCAGAACCACAGACUCAGACCUCCUCACUCCCUCAGACUCAGACCUCCUCACUCCCUCAGACUUAUACCUCCUCACUCCCUCAGAACCACAGACUCAGACCUCCUCACUCCCUCAGACUCAGACCUCCUCACUCCCUCAGACUUAUACCUCCUCACUCCCUCAGAACCACAGACUCAGACCUCCUCACUCCCUCAGACUCAGACCUCCUCACUCCCUCAGACUUAUACCUCCUCACUCCCUCAGACCCACAGACUCAGACCUCCUCACUCCCCUCAGACCCUCAGACUCAGACCUCCUCACUCCCUCAGACCCUCAGACUCAGACCUCCUCACUCCCUCAGACCCACAGACUCAGACCUCCUCACUCCCUCAGACCCUCAGACUCAGACCUCCUCACUCCCUCAGACCCUCAGACUCAGACCUCCUCACUCCCUCAGACCCACAGACUCAGACCUCCUCACUCCCUCAGACCCACAGACUCAGACCUCCUCACUCCCUCAGACCCUCAGACUCAGACCUCCUCACUCCCUCAGACCCACAGACUCAGACCUCCUCACUCCCUCAGACCUCCUCACUCCCUCAGACCUCCUCACUCCCUCAGACUCAGACCUCCUCACUCCCUCAGACUCAGACCUCCUCACUCCCUCAGACUCAGACCUCCUCACUCCCUCAGACCCACAGACUCAGACCUCCUCACUCCCUCAGACCCUCAGACUCAGACCUCCUCCCUCAGACUCAGACCUCCUCCCUCAGACUCAGACCUCCUCACUCCCUCAGACUCAGACCUCCUCACUCCCUCAGACCCUCAGACUCAGACCUCCUCACUCCCUCAGACUCAGACCUCCUCACUCCCUCAGACCUCCUCACUCCCUCAGACUCAGACCUCCUCACUCCCUCAGACCCUCAGAUUCAGACCUCCUCACUCCCUCAAACCCUCAGAUUCAGACCUCCUCACUCCCUCAGACCCUCAGAUUCAGACCUCCUCACUCCCUCAGACCCUCAGACCUCCUCACUCCCUCAGACUCACAGACUCAGACCUCCUCACUCCCUCAGACUCAGACCUCCUCACUCCCUCAGACCUCCUCACUCCCUCAGACUCACAGACUCAGACCUCCUCACUCCCUCAGACUCAGACCUCCUCACUCCCUCAGACCUCCUCACUCCCUCAGACCCACAGACUCAGACCUCCUCACUCCCUCAGACCCACAGACUCAGACCUCCUCACUCCCUCAGACCCACAGACUCAGACCUCCUCACUCCCUCACUCCCACAGACUCAGACCUCCUCACUCCCUCAGACCUCCUCACUCCCUCACUCCCACAGACUCAGACCUCCUCACUCCCUCACUCCCACAGACUCAGACCUCCUCACUCCCUCACUCCCUCAGACUCAGACCUCCUCACUCCCUCACUCCCUCAGACUCAGACCUCCUCACUCCCUCAGGACUAA